AUGGACGAGGUCGACCUAAACGUCCUCGACAACUUGUCUAGCCGACCGCGGCUUCGCAAAAGGAUUCCACAGACAUCCUUGUCACGCCCCAGCACACCUUCCAGCCCGAGGCUGACUCCACACCACCGCCCUACCUGCCCGCGGCGGGCGGCCAUCCUUGACAAAUGUCCCCGCUGCGACGAUCCGCCACUCCUCCAUCGCCAUCGCCGCGAGGCCGUCGAUGUCCCUGUCCGUUAUGUUCUACAGCGUCCCCACGCGGUCGAACAGCCAGCCAUGAAGCAGUUCCACACGGGGUCUGCGUGCCGCGGUACUGCUGGGUUCAGCUCGGCGUCGCUGGCGGACGUGGGUGGCUUCGACCUGGCAGCCGCACUGGAGCCGCCGCACCGUCUAGCCCCGCAUGUACGCCACGCUGCUGUGUCCAAGCAGAGCAGCACGUGCCUGUUGUUGCUGUCGCUUCCACCGCCGGCUCAGGAGGGCGGACGCGAGGAGGCCCUCAAAAGUCGUCUGUGGGAUCCUGAUCGCCGGUUGACUGUGUUCCGGACGACAGGGUGGACGGCUGUUGACCGACGGUGGCACCGGAGCUGA